GCGUGUCUGGGAGCCACGUGGUGGGCGUCCCCUUGCGCACGUGUGUUUGGAGCCUCGGAGUCGCCAUGCCAGCCGGCUGGGGGGCUGCCUUCGCCGCCGGGGCCGGUCUGUUGGGGGCGCUGGCCGCCUGCUCCGCUAAGCUGGCCCUGGGGGCGGAUUACCUGCGGGGAGCCUGCGCCGCGGUCGUCGGAGGCGAGGAGGCGGCCUCUGGUGCCUGCUCCUGGUUGCCCGUGAUGCUUCGCAUUGUAUGCGGCGGCCUCGUGCUUGCAUGCAACGCAGUCAUGUGGACUUUCUUUGCCAAAGCCUUGAGAUAUUCCUCCUCCUCGGCUACAGCAACUUUGACCUCAACAGCGUCUAACUUCAUCUCUUCCGCUUUUCUUGGCAGUUUGCUCUUUGGCGAGACUCAUGCCCUGUUGUGGUGGAUAGGGAUAUCCUUAACCCUCCUCGGACUUUUGCUGCUCCACACGACACCACGCUUGGCAGAGGAAAAGAAGGAAAAGACGAGAUGAAAACUCGCAUGUGGGUUAAAAACAACCACCACUCGGGCCUUCCGGCUUGCCUUGCCUAGCCUGGUGAUGUUACCUCUCACUUUUCUUCACGGGGACGGAUUUUGAGCUGACUGCAAAGACUACAGUGACAAGGGGCAGCAAAGGAGGAGGGUCUUUGAGGAGAGACAUUGGGCAUUUGGUAAAUAAGGACAGUUGCCACAGAGCUAGAUG